AACCCCCAACGAACUUUCAGACUCUUCAAAACUCCAUCGACCGUUUCGCGCCUCAUCUCCGAUCCCUAGACCGAUCCCAAAACCCUAGCUACGAUUCUGCAAAUACCAAGAAAAUCAAGGGCGUAAUCGUUAAAGAAACGGUGAAUGGGGAGCUACAGGAUCUGCCUCUGCUGCUCCAACACCUUCAAAUCAAAAGAGGCGGAGCCGCCGGCCGACGUGAGGUCGGCGUUCUCCCGCUUCACCGAAGGCGGUGGGAUCCACAUGAGCGCCGCCCAGCUCCGGCGGUUCCUGGAGGAUGGGCAGGGCGACGGCGAGGUCGCCUCCGAGGAGGCGGAGCGGAUCCUCGACCAGAUCAGGCACCGCCGGCGACACCACCUCAUCGGGAAGAUGGAGAGGUCGCCGACGAUCUCGGUUGAGGAUUUUCACCAUUAUUUGUUCGACGAGGAGCUCAAUCCCCCGAUCAGAUCUCAGGUGCAUCAAGAUAUGACUUCUCCCUUGUCCCAUUAUUACAUAUAUACAGGCCAUAAUUCGUACUUGACUGGAAACCAACUCAGCAGUGAUUGUAGUGACGUUCCAAUUGUAAAAGCUCUUCAAAGAGGUGUGCGAGUAAUUGAACUGGAUAUCUGGCCAAACUCUACCAAAGAUGAUAUUGAUGUUCUACAUGGAAGGACAUUGACUUCUCCGGUGGAGCUCAUUAGAUGUUUGAGAUCCAUUAAAGAGUAUGCCUUUUCUGCAUCAGAAUAUCCUGUUGUUAUAACUCUAGAGGACCACCUUACUCCUGAUCUUCAGGCUAAAGUAGCUAAGAUGGUAACUGAAACAUUUGGAGAGAUGCUGUAUUAUCCUGACUCAGAGGACCAUAAAGAAUUUCCUUCACCAGACUCUCUGGAAAAGAGAAUUAUUCUUUCAACAAAACCUCCACAAGAGUAUCUUGAAGCUAAGGAUUACAAGGGCAAGGAGAGUGGAGCUCAAAAUGGAAAGGAUUCAAAAGAGGAAGGUGCAUGGGGAAGGGAGAUUUCAAACCUUAAAAUAGAAACCGAAUCUAAUGAUAAGGAUGAAAAUGAUCAGAGUGAAGAAGAGGACGCUACUGUUGAUGAUGACCUCAGACUAAGCCAGAAAACAGCACCAGAAUAUAAACGGCUGAUAACUAUCAGGGCUGGAAAGCCUAAGGGUUCUUUGCUAGAUGCGCUAAAGGUGGAUCCUGAUAAAGUUAGACGCCUUAGUUUGAGUGAACCACAGCUUGAGAAGGCAUCAGCAUCUCAUGGGCUUGAUAUAGUAAGGUUCACUCAGAAGAAUAUACUCAGGAUAUACCCAAAAGGAACUCGUGUUAACUCAUCUAAUUAUAAUCCUUUCAUUGGUUGGAUGCAUGGUGCUCAGAUGGUUGCAUUCAAUAUGCAGGGUUAUGGAAGGUCAUUGUGGCUGAUGCACGGUUUCUUUCAAGCCAAUGGAGGAUGUGGUUACAUUAAGAAACCCGAAUUCUUAAUAAAGACCGGUCUAAAUGGUGAAGUCUUUGAUCCUAGGGCAAAUUUACCUGUGAAGACAACCUUGAAGGUUAAAGUUUACCUGGGUGAUGGAUGGCGAAUGGAUUUCAGCGGUACCCAUUUUGAUGCAUAUUCACCACCAGACUUCUAUACAAGGGUAGGGAUUGCUGGGGUACCCGCCGACAGCAUAAUGAAGAAAACAAAAGCAAUAGAAGACAACUGGGCUCCAGUUUGGAAUGAAGAAUUCGACUUCCAACUCCGAGUUCCUGAACUCGCGUUGCUUCGAGUCGAAGUCCACGAGUACGACAUGUCCGACAAAGAUGAUUUUGGCGGGCAGACUUGCUUGCCGGUGUCGGAGCUGCGACCGGGGAUCCGAUGUGUGCCGUUGUUUGAUCGUAAGGGAAAUAAGUAUAAAUCCACGAGGCUUUUGAUGCGGUUUGAGUUUGUUUGAGUUUGCUUGAUGCGGUUUGAGUUUGUUUGAGUUUGCUUUUGUAGAUUGUUGAGUUUACUGUGGGUGGACGUAAUAAGUUGUGAUGAGUGGUGGUGUUUGUUGUAUAUUGGUGAGUUUGAGUUGUAUUUUACGUAUUAGUAAUGAUGAAAUACAGCAAUUUUUCUCUCAAAUACCCUGUAAAUGUAAUGUCUGUGAGAUUUGGUUC